UUUCCAUAUAGAGAAGAAAUUUUUUUUAAAAAGAGCUUUAUCCUUAUCUUUUUUUCCACAGCAAGUGAAGAUGUUAAAGAGAUCUUUGCCAGAGCCAGAAACGGGAAAUACAGACUUCUGAAAAUAUCUAUUGAAAAUGAGCAACUUGUCGUUGGAUCUUGUAGUCAGCCUGAAGAUUCCUGGGAAAAGGAUUAUGAUUCCUUUGUCUUGCCCCUGUUGGAGGACAAGCAGCCGUGCUACCUGUUGUUCAGGUUAGAUUCUCAGAAUGCGCAGGGAUAUGAAUGGAUAUUCAUUGCAUGGUCUCCAGAUCAUUCUCAUGUUCGUCAAAAAAUGUUGUAUGCAGCAACAAGAGCAACUCUGAAAAAAGAAUUUGGAGGUGGCCACAUUAAAGAUGAAGUAUUUGGAACAGUAAAGGAAGAUGUAUCAUUACAUGGUUACAAAAAAUAUCUGCUGUCCCAGUCUUCCCCAGCGCCCUUGACUGCAGCUGAGGAAGAAUUAAGGCAGAUUAAAAUUAACGAGGUACAGACUGAUGUAGGCGUGGACACGAAGCAUCAAACACUACAAGGAGUAGCCUUUCCUAUUUCUCAAGAAGCUUUCCAGGCUUUGGAAAAACUGAGCAACCGACAGCUCAACUAUGUGCAGUUGGAAAUAGAUAUAAAAAACGAAAUUAUAAUUUUGGCCAACACCACAAGUACAGAACUGAAAGAUUUGCCAAAGAGGAUUCCCAAGCAUUCGGCACGCUACCAUUUCUUCCUAUAUAAACAUUCACACGAAGGAGACUACUUGGAGUCCAUAGUUUUUAUUUAUUCAAUGCCUGGAUACACAUGCAGUAUAAGAGAACGGAUGCUGUACUCAAGCUGCAAGAGCCCUCUACUAGAAAUUGUAGAGCGACAACUGCAGAUGGAUGUAAUCAGAAAGAUUGAGAUAGACAAUGGAGAUGAAUUGACUGCAGACUUCCUUUACGAGGAAGUGCAUCCCAAGCAGCAUGCACAUAAGCAAAGUUUUGCAAAACCGAAAGGUCCUGCAGGGAAAAGAGGAAUCCGAAGACUGAUUAGGGGUCCAGCCGAAACGGAAGCCACUGAUUAAAAUCGGUCUGUUCAACAUCGCAAUACUAGUUAUUUUUUAAAGUCCACUUUUAGGAUACAGGAGAACUGAAAUCAUUCCAUGUUGAUAUACAGUAGGGAAGAAAAUUGUACUUUUUGAAAAAUAGCACUUUUCACUUGUGUGUGUUUAUAAAAUGUUAUGGGAGACUCAUGAUUUCUAUUUUUGAGUUCAAGCUGGGAGAGGUUUUAACACAGCAUUGUUUAGUUUUUGUCACACCUUUUUCAUUGAGUGUUGAUUUCACACAAAUAAUUCUGAACAUUUUAUAUAGCUGGGCCAUUUCCAGAAAGUCUUGAUGUCUUAAAGUAGGAUAUACUAUAUUUAGUGAAACAUCUGGGUUUUUUUUUGUUUGCUUUUUUGAAAUACUCACCUUGAUGAAUAUGCUAAGGAACAGGUUAGAUUACUUUCUAAGCUGGAAAUGUAUGUGCCUAGGAAGAGGUGGAAAGUUGCUUACUCUGAGAAGCUGUGCUGUCAAACCUGGACUGUGUCUGCAUCUUGGAGAAAUAAUCAUACCAGUCUUUUCUAUUUUAACUUUCUUGGUUUUUUUAAUGGCAUUAAAAUUUCAGAGUAGCUCACUCUGAAACUAUAGGGUACCAGAUACUUACUCUACUGAAGGAUUUCUGACAGACUGCCUUGGUGAAUCUCUUUCCAUUGCUUAAAAAAAAAAUGUUUUUCCAAGGAAAUCAUUUCAUUGUAAGUGCAGUGAGACCCACAGUGCUCAUGUUCAGACUGAAAUUCAAAUGAGUGAUCAUUGAAAAGGAAACAAGACUAAAAAGUUUUCCUUUUCAAAACCAUGGGUUUAUAGACAAAUCAUGUUCUUUUAUCCUUGUGCUACAAAUACUCAAAUUUAAAUUGUUUAAAGUCCUAGUACUGAAUAGCCUAACUUAGCUUAAGAAUGUUGUUUGAGUUAAUAUCUCAUUUAAAAAUGCAUUUAACUGUCUUCUAAAGCUUUUGCAUUUUCAUUUAGAACCUAGAGAGACUUUGAGCCUUUGAUACUUGAAAUAGAGGGAGCUGGAAUACAUAUUUAAUUGGUUAACCUGCAGCAGAGCCAUAAUCUUGAAAAGCUUUUGAAAGGAACUGUGGGUAUGCAGAAUUUGGGAUUUCUUGACUUAAACUUCAUGAUGCCUAAACAGUAUCAGAAAUGCACAUUUCAUAGUGUAAAAUAUGAAGCAUUCUUUGCUAAACCUUAUCACCCAAGGUAGAAGACAUACCUUUCAGAAAUUCAGUGUGUGUUCAAGUAAAGGAUAUAAGGAUAAUUAUGGGUUGGCAGAUUAAAAAAAUAGAAUUAAGAAUAUUUGUGUGGUUUUUGCUUGUUUACAAAAUAAUUAGAGUAUAAUAUUUAAACUUGCAAAAUAGUUGACAAUGAUGUUGCACUUGUUUACUAAAGAUAUACUUUAUAAAGUUCCUUAGGUGCACAAAUAGAAACACAUACCCACCAAUUAUUGCAAUGAGAGGCCUGGGGUUCUGUUUGAGACUGUAGUUAAAGUGGUCCGUUGCAGUCAGGAAGAACAGGACCUGUCAUGAAUAUAAAGAGGAUGUCAGCAGUAAACGUUUUUCUGUAUCUCCAUGCGCAAUUACACUCUUAAAUUCUACACUACAUGACAGUAAAUGGACAUUCCAGAAUAUAGAUAUGAUUAUAUUAUCUUACUAAUUAUUAUUUAAUGCAAUGAUUUCUGAAGAAUCACUUCUGCAUUUGUUUUAGAGGAUAACUCAUUGUUUACAGGAUGUUUUAGGUGACACUAGAUGUGAAUAACAUUCCCAAUAAAUUUAUAUAGCAGUGAAAAAUUACAUGCCUUCUGUGGACAUUUUAUAAGUGCAUUUUAUAUCGCAAUAAAAUUUUUUCUCUUUAA